AUGUUCUUUAAAUCAAAUGGUCCUGUUCUUAUACAUGCUGUUGAUAAUAACGAGACUAUGGAUCACGACUAUUAUAUAGAAAAUUGCCUCAAGCCUGUUGUCGAAGAAAUAUGGAAACAAAGAAAGUCAAAUGGUACUAAAGAUAUAAAAUUGCUUCACGACAAUUCUUCACCCCAUCGUCAUCCAGAUGUUAUUAAUUAUUUAACAGAAGAAGGUAUCAAUAUAAUGCCACAUCCACCAUAUUCGCCUGACCUUGCACCGUGUGAUUAUUGGCUAAAUGAUUACAUCAAACAGAAUUUAACUGAUCAACCAGAUAAAAAAUCAUUGGCUCGUGCGAUUUCCAAGCUAAUAAAAAAUAUUCCAGAAGAAGAAUUAAAAAAAACUUUUGACAAACUAUUAGAGAGGCUGGAACUUUGUAUAAAUAAUCAUGGUGACUAUUUUGAACAUUUAAUAAAAUAA